GACGUUCAGCCUUUGGUGGAGAAUGUCCGUUGGCUUGUCGUCUGUGAAAGAGAAAUGUGCUUCUGUGCCGUUACAGGAAAGAGGACGGCACCGGCACCAGAUCCUUGAAGGAUUUCUGGGUCCUGCUGUGGUCAAACCUCAGGACAGCCAGGGUGAUGGCAGCAGUACCCGAGGUGAACUUUCCACAAAGCCCGUGGACACCUGGAGCGCCCGCACGGAGCCUGAGCUGGAUGACUGUGAGAGGCUGGGAACUCUGUUUGGAAUGAUGAACAAGUGCCUGCGUGGUUUGGGCUUCAGCCAAAUGUACUUUGGGGACAAGACUGUGGAGCCGAUACUGAUUGUAUUCUUCUGGGUGCUGCUGUGGUUCCUGGGGAUCCAAGCCCUGGUAUUGGUAGGAACUCUGUGUAUCAUCAUUAUUUAUAUGCAGAAGUAACAGCAGUCGUUUGUGCUUCCACGUGCAGUGUCAGGAUGGAAUCAGGAUCUAGUGGAUCUGUGCUGUUAAACUGGAAGCCAUCAGAAGGGCUAGACCUCAGUGAUAAUUCUUGCUUUUAAAAAUUUAAAAUAAAUCCGGCGCUGGACUGUAUGACUGGAUUUUCUCCAGCCACAUCAGGAGCAGUGCUGUUUCUGGCAGCUGAUGUUAAUUCAGCUAGAACAAGGAAGCCAGAACGGGUCUACAGCAUGCAAAAUGUUGUCUUAGCCAGUGUGGUGGGUUUGUGACACUAAAACUCCUUCAGUGUGUGCUACACUCAGGUGUUCUAUUGCUUUACAACUUUUAAAGAAUGUAUCAAAGUUCAUCCGCAUCCCUCAUUUAUUGUCAUAAGACCAACACAUCAAUCAUUGUGUUUAAAACUUUUGUUUGUCCUUCUCUGUGUAAACUACUGAACAAAAGCCAAGUCACUUGCAAGGAAUUAGACUAGAAUUGUGUUGUAAUGUUAGAUAUUUGAAUGUGAUAGGCUUGGCAGGGCAGCUGAAUGUCCUUCACAAUAAAAGCACUUUACCAUCAGAGCAGCUGCACUCACAGUGCAGCAAAAGCUUUACUCCAGACGGCAGCAACACAAGAGAAUACUGUUUAAAAUCUAACUACAUUUAAUAAGUAGUAAUCAGUGAUCUAAUAGGUUACUGACUUAUUUUGUUUCACAAUGGCAAAGAUUAAUUCAGGUGUAUGGUAAUAAAAAUGCCCUUUGGAUUUGAGUCAGUAUCACUACACUAAGGUAGUAAUGGAACGUGGUGCCACUGGCACCGUGCUGUUCAGCCCGUUAUAAAUAAAUGCUGCAGUGACUGUGUCGCUUCGGCCAGUGGCAUGUUUAGUCAACAUUCAUACAAAUCACUGGAAAAUGUCAGAGGCUGAGACACACCUGCAUUUCUAACAACCAGAUGUGAAAAUGUCAGCAAAUGGAUCAAUUUUACAGUGAAAGAAAGCAAUACAAUUUUGACAUUGAAGAAGCAAGAGUCAAAGUUGCACUUCUUCAACAGACACACACAGAGCGCAGGCUUGUUGGUCUGGGAUUGGUGCCAUUUUGGUUUCUAUUUGUGUACACAGAUGAGUCUACUCCUUGUUACAGUUGGUAACAGGUGUGUGCCAUGUAAAGCUCCUAUGUGCCUUCUUAAAAACUCUUCUUUCGUCAAAUAUUGUUGCGUCAUAUCAGGUAGAGAUCGGGCUGUGUUUUUGGUGUGCUGCUGCUCACUCUUUCCCCGUCAUUUGUUUGUGAUUGUGAAUUUUAUUCCCCACUGUAAUGUUUACAGUGCGCAUUCAGAUUGGGCUUUUCCUUCAUCUGAAUUUUCUUUUUUCUUCUUCCUCUUCAUUUUUUACUGGCUCAGCAGUUAAAGCCAGUUAUUUUAGUCAGUUAUAGUUUAAAAAAAAAAAAACUUUAUAGUUUUCAUGGCAGUGAGUUCUUUCCAAGUUCAUAGAAUGUCCAGUAAAAGUUGUUGUUGUUUCUUCUAUGAUGUCAAAAUGCCUGUCUACAAAUCAUUUCUCUGUCUGUUUAGUUGGGUGCCAAUCAUGGCACCCGUGGGG